CUAACACAUAGGCAUAAGAGCCAGCCAGUGAAUGGAAGAAGGCAUCAAAGCAGAGCCGAAGAAAGAAGGGGCAGCCACGGACCCGGCCAAGGGUUCGACGAGCACCGUGGGGGUCAUGGCGGACGCGACGUUCAAGAGCAUCGGCGACGUGCUCCGGCUGCUGCCCACGGCGACGGUGAUCGUGUACGAGGUGCUCAACCCGAUCGUGACUAACACCGGAGACUGCCACGUCGGGUACAAGAUAGCCACGGGGAUCCUCCUAGGCCUCUGCGGCUUCUUCUGCGCCUUCUCCACCUUCACCGACAGCUACGUGGGCGCCGACGGCAAGGCCAAGUACGGCCUCGUGACGCCCCGGGGCCUCCUCCCUUUCUCCGACGACGGCGGCGCCGCCGCCGGCGACGGGCGGGACUUCUCCAAGUAUCGGCUGCGGUUCGCGGACUUCGUGCACUCGGCCUUCGCCGUGGCCGUGUUCGCGGCGGUGGCGCUGCUCGCCGACGCCAACACGGUGGCCUGCUUCUACCCGUCGCUCAAGGACCAGCAGAAGAAGGUGGUCAUGGCGCUGCCCGUCGUGGUCGGCGCCGUCGCCAGCGUCGUCUUCAUCGUGUUCCCCUGCACGCGCCACGGGAUCGGGUACCCGCCGUCCAAGCCCGAGACGAGCGCGCUGGCGUCGCAGUAGGGACGCCGUGCUGGGAGCUAGCUCGAUUGGUUUUGCACCCGCUGUAUGAUCGCGCGCAUCGAUCGGUUUGUAGUUAUAUGCCGUGUUGUUUGUAUAUUGUACGUGCUCGCGUCAUAUUUGAUGUACGUGCUCGUUUGCCACACCUGCCUGCAUGUGUUUAUCUGUUUCCGCAGAACCCCAGAUGUCAAGAACAAGCUUCAUCUUUGUUUGCUUCAAUACAGUUUUCCAUAAAUUUUAUCCGUU